CGUGAGCGUGUGCGGAUGCACGGGAGCGACGCAGGGCCCCCGGCUGUGGGCAGCAGCCCGGACACUAACUGAGGCCCUGUCUGGAAGGCCGUGGCCCCUCCUCCCUCCCCCUCCUGGAGCGUGUGUGUCCGCUCCUUUUGGAGGAGGACGGGAGGACCUGGGCAUGCAGGUGGGCGCCCUGCCCUUGGGCGAGCAUGUCUGCGUGUGCGUGUGCGUGCGUGCGCUCGUCCACGACCGUGAGGCCGUUGGCGUGUAUUUAAGGCGGGCCGUGUCUGGCUGUGCGGGGUGAAUGUGUGUCCUUGCUGUUCUCCCAGAUCCUCCCCGCUCAGCCACGCACAGACGGUAACCUUGAGGAGCCAACGGGCACAGCCACGCCAUGGCCUCAGCCGCCUCUGUGACCAGCCUGGCGGACGAGGUCAACUGCCCCAUCUGCCAGGGCACCCUGAGGGAGCCGGUCACCAUCGACUGUGGCCACAACUUCUGCCGGGGCUGUCUCACCCGCUACUGCGAAAUCCCAGGCCCAGACCCCGAGGAAGCCCUCACCUGCCCCCUCUGCAAGGAGCCUUUCCGUCCUGGAAGCUUCCGGCCCAACUGGCAGCUGGCCAGCGUGGUGGAGAACAUCGAGCGCCUCAAGCUGGUGUCCACCCCGGGCUCAGACGAGGAGGACGUCUGCCAGGAGCAUGGGGAAAAGAUCUACUUCUUCUGUGAGGACGAUGAGACGCAGCUGUGUGUGGUGUGCCGGGAGGCCUGGGGACACCGGGCACACACCGUGCGCUUCCUGGAGGACGCAGCAGGGCCCUACAGGGAGCAAAUACAGAAGUGUCUUGAGUGUCUAAGAAAAGAGAGAGAGGAGAUUCAAAGAAUCCAGUCAAGAGAAAACGAGAGGAUACAAGUCCUCCUGGGUCAGGUGGCCACCAAGAGACAGAAAGUGAUCUUCGAGUUCGCACAUCUGAGCCAGUUCCUGGAGGAACAGCAGAGCGUCCUCCUGGCCCAGCUAGAGAAGCUGGAUGCGGACAUCCUGAAGCAACAGGAUGACUUUGACGUCCUGGUCAGCGAGGAGAUCAGCCGGUUCAGCAGCCUGAUCUCCGAACUGGAGGAGAAGAACAGGAGGCCGGCCCGGGGGCUCCUGACGGACAUCAGAAGUACUCUGAUAAGAUGUGAAACCAGAAAGUGCCGGAAACCAGAGGCUGUGUCCCCUGAGCUGGGCCAGAGGAUUCGGGACUUCCCCCAGCAGGCCAUCCCUCUGCAGAGGAAGAUGAAGAUGUUUCUGGAGAAACUCUGCUUCGAGUUGGACUAUGAGCCAGCUGACAUCUGUCUGGACCCCCAGACCUCCCACCCCAAGCUCCUCUUGUCUGAGGACCAGCGGCGCGCCCAGUUCUCCUACAAGUGGCAGAACUCGCCAGACAACCCCCAGCGUUUUGACCGGGCCACCUGUGUCCUGGCCCACGGCGGCUUCACAGAGGGGAGACACACGUGGCUGGUGAAGGUGGACCUGGCCCACGGCGGCAGCUGCACGGUGGGCGUGGUGAGCGAGGACGUGGCGCGGAAGGGGGAGCUGCGCCUGCGGCCGGAGGAGGGCGUGUGGGCCCUGAGGCUGGCCUGGGGCUUCGUGUCGGCGCUGGGCUCCUUCCCCACGCGGCUGGCGCUGGGGGAGCAGCCGCGGCAGGUGCGCGUGUCCCUGGACUAUGAGGUGGGCUGGGUGACUUUCGUCAACGCUGUCAGCCAGGAGCCCAUCUACACCUUCACGGCCUCCUUCACCCAGAAGGUCUUUCCCUUCUUUGGGCUCUGGGGCCGAGGGUCUAGCUUCUCCGUGAGUUCCUGAGUCACCCUCCCGUCAGACGAACUUGACCCUCCGGGCUCACCUGGCGUUGGGCAGAAGCGCGGCAGACUAAGGACUUGCAAGGACAAAGUGGGUGACCAUUUCCCUGACCCCCAGGGGCCAGGGGCUCCGGGGACGUGGCCCAGCGGUCCUAGCAGACACAGGAGACCCAGGUCUGGAGCCAGCUCCAGACCAGCCUGUGGCCGACCGUUGUGUGAUCUUGGGCACCUGUCUUCAUUACAUCUUCUUCCAGAAAAAUGAGGGUUCAUAUACAUGAACCUUCAAGAAACAUUUCCUGGGUGCUACCUGUGAACCAGGCAGGAUGGUCACCACUGGUGGUAUGAAAAUGAAAGGAAAGUCUGUUUGAUAUCUGGAGGAACUCAGGGACCAGAGGCAGGGAGAGGACAUGGCAGGGGGGCGGCAGGUGCUGGGUGGGCUGCCCUGUGUGUGGGGAGCUCAGGGCAAGGGGCCCAGCAGCAGGGAGGGCUUCCUGGGGAGGACAGCUGUAGGGGACUGGAGAGCUGAGUCAGGGGAGGAGGGCUGGCAGACACCCGGCUGGCUGACCCUGCAGCCCUUGGACGCUGGGCCAUGAGACCCUGACGCCAGCUGCGGCCUCCCUCCCCCGGGAGCUCGUCCGGCUGAGAGACGGGAGGCCUGGCCACCACAGGGUAACCCACAGCCCGCACUCUCCCCUGCGGAGAACCCCGUUCCUGCUGCGGUGAGCUCACCGUCUGAGCUCGAGCGCGGGAGGGUGGGAAGGGAUGAGGCUCAGAGAGCUCCACUGCAGGGGCAGAGACGGCAGGGCGUGCUGGGUGACCUGCAGCAGCAUUGACGAGGCUCUGGGGCUGCAGGGAUGAGCCUGGAAUUCGGAGAAUGACGUCAGCUGCCCCAGGGUGGAAUGUGAGAUCCUAGGCCCAGUAGAAGUAUGGUCUCCACACCUUUUGUUUCCUGGUUGCUGUCUUUCACUCUGUUUAAAGGUACCACUCACUGACAACCUCUUUAAUACGAUGUGUUUGCUCUGCUUGGACACAAACUGAAGUGUUCGGUCACCUCCCCACCGGGGCCCAGGAGGCCUGUGCAGGCUGAGGCCCUGGGCGCGGGGGUCUGCCUCUCCUCCUCCGGCCAGCAGGUGGAGGAGACGUGGGCCCAGGGGCAGGGGCUGCACAGGGGCUGACUGCUUCCUCUGGGCAUGUUCUCAUUGUCUAUAAAAUACAGUCACAGAAAAUGUUGUAUAUUCCAAACAAUAGGCACAUUUGAGUUUCUGUAUGAUGAUAAUACACAUC